AUGAACAGGAAAGUAGCUAUCGUGACGGGUACCAAUAGUAACCUCGGUCUGAACACUGUGUUCCGUCUUAUUGAGACCGAGGAUUCCAAUGUAAGGUUGACCGUUGUGGUCACCUCGAGGACUCUUCCUCGAGUGCAAGAGGUCAUCGUCCAGAUAAAAGACUUCUACAAUAACAAAUCUAAACGGGUGGGCGACUUGGAAAUAGAUUUUGAUUAUCUUUUGGUGGAUUUCACCAACAUGAUAAGCGUCUUGAACGCUUACUAUGACAUCAAUAACAAGUACGAUGCGAUAAACUACCUCUUCGUCAAUGCGGCGCAAGGUAUUUUCGACGGUAUCGACUGGUUUGGAGCGGUCAAGGAAGUCCUGACCAGUCCACUGGAUGCAGUGACGAAUCCAACGUACAAGAUACAGUUGGUGGGUGUGAAGUCUAAAGAUGACAUGGGUCUUAUUUUCCAGGCCAACGUGUUUGGUCCGUAUUACUUCAUCAGCAAGAUCCUGCCUCAAUUGUCCAAGGGGAAGGCGUAUAUCGUUUGGGUUUCGAGUAUAAUGUCCGAUCCCAAAUAUCUUUCGUUGAACGAUAUCGAACUACUGAAGUCAGACGCCUCUUACGAAGGUUCCAAGCGUUUAGUCGAUCUGCUGCACUUGGCCACUUACAAGGACCUGAAGAAAUUGGGUAUAAACCAGUAUGUGGUUCAGCCUGGUAUCUUUACAAGCCAUUCUUUUUCCAAGUAUUUGAAUUUUUUUACCUAUUUCGGUAUGCUCUUCUUGUUCUAUCUCGCCAGAUGGCUGGGAUCUCCAUGGCAUAACAUUGAUGGCUAUAAGGCUGCCAAUGCCUCCGUGUAUGUAACGAGGUUGGCCAACCCAAAUUUUGAAAAGCAAGACGUCAAAUAUGGUUCUGCCACUUCUAGGGAUGGUAUGCCAUACAUCAAGACACUGCCAAUAGACCCUACGGGAGCGUCUGAUGUUUUUGCCUAUAUACAGAAGAAGAAACUGGAAUGGGACGAGAAACUGAAAGACCAAAUUGUUGAAACUAGAGUCCCUGUUUAA